GAGUCGAAUUUCAGCUAGAAAGAGACAGAAUAGGCUGAAUUCAAGUGGGCACCGUUUGUCCAUGGAUAUGAGAGAGAGAUGGCUUCGUCUUCCUUCUCACCGUGUUGGCUCCAUGGGAUUUCCUCGAAAGUUACUGCGCAUCGCUUCAACAGGAAACUCUUCCACCAACCGCUUGUCGACACCAGCACUUCUUCUCUCACUUCCCCGAUUUUGUUGACGACCACUGAUCGCCGGUGGGCCUCUUCACGCCCCCCAGAUGCCCAAUUGAGUCGUUCGUACAGACUUUCCGAAUUUGGGUAUCCAGCUCCGGUUCGAAACCUGCUCCUUCGUUUGAAGCUCAAUCGUAGCUUCGUCGACGCUUCCGUGGUAAGAGAAUGCUGGGAUGGACAAGCCAAAGAUAUAUGUCUAGGCGAUAAAUUUGUUCUGUUAAUCCGUGCACUGGGGAAGAAGGGAAUGCCUGAUGUAGCUGAGAUGCUUUUCAUGGAGAUGAAAGUUAGUGGCUUUGAACCAAAUUGUGCUACUUGGUCAGCUUUGAUAUUGAGUUUUGCUAAUAAUGGUUUUUUAUCUCAAGCUCAAGCAAUCUGGGAUGAAAUCAUAAACAGUUCAUGCAGACCCAAUUUAGAUGUGAUUUCCGGACUAAUGGAUGCUUAUGGUAAAAUGGGGCAGUUCAAGGACAUCGAGAGGCUACUGCAUGAAGCAAAUUCCAGAGACCCUGAUCUCUCCUCUGAGUUUUAUACUUCAGCUAUUCAUUGCUUUGGCAGGGAGGGGCAGCUUCAGAUGAUGGAGAAAACAAUUAAAGAAAUGGUAUCCAGAGGAUUUAAAGUCACUUCACAAAUCGGCAAUGUUUAUGUUAUUUAUUAUAGUAGAUUUGGCUCUCUAUUGGAAAUGGAAACUGCAUAUGGUCGCUUGAAGCAAUCGAGACUUCUUAUUGAGAAAGAAGCAAUUAGAGCAAUAUCCCUCGCUUACAUUCGGGAAAGACAAUUCUACAAGUUAGGAGAGUUUUUGAGAGAUGUUGGACUUAAGAGACGAAACUCCCAGAACCUUCUUUGGAACCUGCUUUUACUGUCUUAUGCUGCCAACUUCAAAAUGAAAAGCUUGCAAAGGGAGUUUUUGCACAUGAGUGAGGCUGGAUUUUCUCCUGAUGUUACCACUUUCAAUAUCCGUGCUUUGGCUUUUUCAAGGAUGUCUAUGUUCUGGGAUCUGCAUCUUACUCUUGAGCACAUGAAGCAUAGGAAUGUAGCCCCGGAUCUUAUAACAUAUGGGUGCAUUAUUGACAUGUAUAUGAAUAAAGGACUUGGAAGAAACCUGUCAUUUCCUCUGAGAAGCAUGAACAUAGAUGCUUCUCCUCAACUUGUGACAGACCCAAUUGUCUAUGAAGUAUUUGGGAAAGGAGAUUUUCAUUCUUUUUGUGAAAUUCUCAUGGAGUCUAGGCAGAAAAAUGAAUGGACAUACUCAAAAUUGGUUGGUGUUUAUCAAAGGAAAAUGUACAGAAGCAACCAAAUCUUUUGGAAUUACUGAAGAUUGAAGAGCCAUCAUAGCCUUCGCUUUUUGGCUUUUGGGUGGUCACCUUGGAGUUACAAUGCUGGGUGGAACAGCAUAUUUUUUAUUGAGUUAAUGCAAUCAAUAAUUUGUGCUUCUGAAUGCAGGUUAUCUGUGGCAAAAUAUCUAAGCAGGGGAAAGACAUAAAUGCCAGUUUUUUUUUUCCUUUAGUCAUGCUUACCUUUAUGUACAGUGACAGGAAACUCACAUUAAUCUUUAGGGGUAUAUAAUUAGUGGAAGGCAUGAAGAGCCAGAGUAUCCAUGGGAAAGUUUAAGCACAAAGAAUUGUGGCAGAUUAUUUUCUGGAUCAUAUACACAGGCUUCCACUGUCUUCUCAAUAACCUACUCUGUUUCGACUAAGGAUAUAACCCAAUAUGGAUCAUCUGAAUUGGCCUUGGAGAAAGAAAAGCUCUGAAAAGGUUUCUGCUAGCAUGGAUUCUAAUGCUUCGUCAUUGGCUAACAAACGAAGCCUUUCUUCUUAAUAGGGUGUAUAAUGGAUGACCUUUAGCUAAAACAGAAGUGUCAUUUAUGCAGCACUCUCGUUAGAAUGUAAAUUAUGUUCAGAUCUCAUUAGAAGCAUAGUAAUGGAUGUAUAAUGAAUGAUGCCAGCUUUACGAGGGAGUGCCCAAAGCAGAUUAUGUCAUCCUAAGACGUGGGUUCGUCAAGGGGCACUUGACUAAGACUUUGAGGCAGUUGUUAGCAUCAGGCGUGACACGCACUCACAACAAAAACCAAUCAAAGUAACGGGCAUGCUGAAUUUGAAAGAAGAAAUAUCUCAGACUGGUACAGAAAUUGAGGUCUGGAAGUCCAACAUUCAGUCGAGUGAAAGGGAAGUUCCAUGAGUGGUGCUAUGGCUGCAAGCUUGAGUUUUUGAAGGAUGGAGACAUGAGACCGAUGAAUCCAAUAAACGCAUUGUCUUCGGUUUUCUGUAUUUCUUCAUAAGGGGCAGGAGCGGGCAGAUAAUAGACCAGUGGAGAUGAGGACCACCAUUAGUGUCGUUAAGUGUACAGCGCUUCUUUGUCGCUGGAUCGAAGGGGUUUCUUCACUGGACGGACGCAAGCGGAUAUAUCUAAGGGCCUGAAGAGCCAAGCAAACAGUUUGUGGUCAGUAUCAAAAUUAUUAAUUCGCGACAGCGGUGGCGUAGAUUUUGAUGUUG